AAUAAACAAAAGACUGAUAGAUAAACGGUGAAUUGCGAGAUUAAACGACACCACUGAAGCGAAGAAAGGGGCGUACGGUUCUGUUGUGGUUGGAGAUCCGAAUUUUGAUUAUCGAAUCGCAAAAUUCUGAAUCAAUCAAUCAAUCAAUCAGUAAUCAGAGCCAUCAACGACUGCAAUGGUCUGCGAGAAGUGUGAGAAGAAAUUAUCGAAGGUGAUAGUACCAGACAAGUGGAAAGAAGGGGCCAGCAAUACUACCGAGGGUGGUGGCCGCAAGAUCAACGAGAACAAGCUUCUCUCCAAGAAAAACAGAUGGACCCCUUACGGAAACACUAAGUGCACCAUUUGCAAGCAGCAAGUGCACCAGAAUGCUAAGUACUGCCACACCUGUGCUUACUCUAAAGGAGUUUGUGCAAUGUGUGGCAAGCAAGUUCUUGAUACCAAGUUUUACAAACAAAGCAAUGUGUAAUGGAUACUCGUGUUGUAUUGGGUGCCGUGUCUUCUUUUAGAUGCAUGGUAGCAUUGCCUUUCUUUCCAUUUGUCUAGUUGAUCCUAUUGCUAACUAUGUGAAGCUGUAAAGAACAAAUACAGCGAGGGAUUUUCAGUUAUCUGUCUUUUGUAAUAUACUUACAUGUUUAUUCUAGAUCCAAAACAUAUACUAUGGCGUGAAAAUUCCGGUUCCAUUGAGUUGUUA